CCUCAUUUCAGGCUCAUUAUUUGAGUCUUAACACAAUCAUGCUCGGUCUGUUUUAUUGUCUGGCGUUGAUAUUAUCAUGGCCGUAUUUCCUGCAUUACCUCCCCGUUCCCCCCCGCGUGGUGACGGCGGCGACAGGCUGCUGGGUGGCACCUGAGGAAGGGGUGACCCCGCCGGGCUGUUGACACCAGGCCGGGCGAACGAGAGUAAGGAGAGUCAGUCCACCGCCGACUAGUGACGGGGCAGGACGUAGCCCCUCGCUCUCGGCUUCCCUUGCACGUUGUCCCUCGCACAGACUUGAGUCAGGAGCGGGCUUUUUGACAACCAAUAGCCGGCCCGGAGGAUGCGCCUCGGCCCCAGCGCGUUGCUUGUGCUGUGCGACGCGGCCUGGUGGUAAACUGUGCGGCGGUGGGGAGCGACGUGCAAAAGGCUUGUAAAUGGCUCGCGCCCUCAUGUGGAUAGUGCCAGCCAUCAGCCUCCUGGCUUGCUGUUCGCUGGGAGAGGCAGAUGUUGACCGCCGCCGCCAACGCGACUCCGGGGACCUGCUGCGCGGGGUGACGGUGCCUCAGUAUGCCUUUGCAGGGGGCCAAGCGACACUCAGCUGCUCCUACGAUCUGCACAACCGCCGCCUCUACUCCCUCAAAUGGUACCACAACGGCACCGAGUUCUACCGCUACGUCCCCACCGAGCGGCAGGGACCCACCACCACCAAGACGCCGCACAAGUUUACUGUCAGUGAGCUGUUCCGUGACGACCAGCGGGUGACGCUCUCCCUGACCAGACUAGCGGUGGCGGCCUCUGAGUACCGUUGUGAAGUGAUCGCCGAGCAUCCGAGCUUCAGGACAGAGUGGUUCGGCGCCAACAUGACCGUGCUGCGUGAGCCACUCUCCAACCCCGUGCUGGUGGGGGCGCGCGAGGUAUAUGAGCCUUCGGAAAUCAUCAAGAUCGGCUGCCAACCCAGCGACCGCCACCCCCUGGACCACACCCAGCCCACCCUGCAGUGGUUCCUGCAAGGCAACCAGGUGGGAUCAGAGUUGGUGACGCCCUACGGCAGCGCUCUGCAGCGGGGAGUGUCAGGCCUCUCCCUCCGCGUCCCUGGCGAGCAGGUGGUGUCAGCGGGAGGACAGAUGGUGGCUGAGUGCCGACUGACGCUUGGCCCUCAUCGCCUCGCCUCCAACACCACCCUCAAGGUCCGGCCUGUCUCCACCACCUACCACGACUACCACGCCUCAGGAUCACGCCAUGCAGAGAGUAGCAGUUCUCCUCACACUCUCCACCCAACCAUGGCCUCUUUUCUCAUGGUGGCAACCCUUCUGGUGCAGGGGUUGCUGUAACCUGAGCCUCCGUAUCACUGCCUAGGUCUUGCAUUAGUCUGAGUCUUGCUGUAUGUGCUGCCCAAUAAAGUAAGUCUGUACUGUUUUUCUCUUCUUCCAAACUUCAAGAUUUGGAGGUUGGUGGUGUGAGGUGAAGAAUCAUACAAUAGAACAGUUACCUAGGUAUUUUUUUAGAAACAUGAAUAAGUUUAUGGAGGGAAUAUCAGUAAGAUUUAAAUUUGCUAUGUUUGAAAUCAUGGAGAGUGCAAUUGAAAAAUGUCUUUGACUGCUUCAGUAACUGGCUAAAUAUACAGUGCUUUAUGGGGGAGUAUGAUCUUGUUAGGUAAGGUGGUGGUACCAAAGUUAGCCCAUGUCAGUAUUCAGAGUAGAUUAAUGUGAAAUAAGUUCUGACAUAUCCAUGAAAAAUGUUUGUUCAUCACUUUGUUGAUGAAAAGUAGAUGGAUGAAGCUGUCAUAAAUUUGCAAACGGAAAGUGUCUCUUAGCAAAGUUGAAUAUGCCUGUGUUCAGAUGACAAGAAGUAGAGAAAAUUGUAUGAUUAACUCACAGUUGUGUAAAUGCUGUUCUUAUGUAAGAGGGAAAAUGUUGUAUAUAUAGAGCUUUCCAUGUAUUGUCAGUUGUCAGUACAUGGAUUGAUCUUGGUUAAAGACUGACUUAAAUCAUUGUAGUAUCUUGAAAUGCCCUUAGCUGCAGUUCCAUAAGGAAGAUAUAAAAAUAUACAUAUAUGUAGUCCUUUGUGCUAAGAUGAAGUUUACCUAAAUUGCCUGGGUAAGCCCUCUGUGAUCUUGACCUUAAGAGGGCUUAUGGUUCUUCUGGAGUUUCUACCGUCUUCAAGAACAACCCUCCCAUUCUCACAUGUUAUUUUCUUUUUAAUAUAUGCCUUCCAUUAUAGUUUACAUGUAACCUAUUUCCAUAGUUGGGCACAAUAACAAAGAUUUUUCACAAUAACUGAUGAAUUGCUAGCGAUAACCUUAUCUGCGAUAGUCAAUAAUCUAUAACUGGUGAUAGAUUUGUUGCCCAAUAAUCAACAACCGACAAAUUAAUAGAUCCAUAAUUUCAAUAUUUUUUAUGAUGCUAGAUUGUGGCAAGUGCUCAUAUGUUUGUUCCAUCAGUAGCUUUAUAUUUUUUCAAUUGUUAGUGAACAGUCCACUUGAAUGCUAAUUAUUUUGUUCAGGGCUAUUUACACUACUGAUAGACAACCAUCAUUAUUACUUUUUCCAUCUUAAUUAUUUCUUAAUGGGAAUUAUGUAAUGUCUUCACAAUCCCAUCAAGUAUAUACAUCCUUUCAUCCUUUCAUCUUGAAGAGCUAUUGGCCAAGACUCCAGCACCACCAUACUUUUGCAGUACAAAGGUUUUAUCCAUCACUGUAUAGAGUGUGUUUCACAUGCUUGUGGUGAAGAGAAUGAAUCACAACAGCUUCCAGGCAAGGUAGAAGCAGGUGGUAUUUUCCUUAUCAGUUAGUUCUCUUCUACAUUUUCAGUUUCUCUUUUGCCAUAGAUUGCUUUUUCCCAUUUUUUUUGUUCGAUUUUCAGCGCUUUUCAUUUUUUUGCAUAAUCUAUUUUUUUAGUUACCAUCUGUAAAUUUGUUAAUUAUUUGCCUUGUCAUAGAAAACUUUCACCAGAAUUUUGACUGUGCAAUUAAUUUUUGUAGUAGAGUCUUCUUUUCUUUUUGUCUUCUAACUUUAGACUCCAGCAAGAGUAGGAAUGGCAAGCCACAGAGGGAAUUACUGACUUACCUUCUUGAAACUUUCAUUGAAUGUGCUUUAUAUUUAUACCUUCCUGUUGUAAAUAAAGUCUCGAGUAUAUCCACAAAGUAUGAUGGAAUGAAAAUACUGAUUAUCUUUGAUAUUGGGGAAAGAGACACUUUUUUUUCAUGAGAUAUUGUAGCAAGUUUUGUGCUGUGAAAUUGUAUGAAGGGUAAGAUAUAUUAAUUUCUAGCAAGUAUUCUGCUAGGAAGUUGUAUGAAGAUUGAAAUGUUCAUUAGUUUAGGAAAUAUUAAGUGUAGUCUUGGAAUACAGAAAGACAGAGACAUGAUGAGAAAUGAGAAGAAAUCAAACAGAUACUAAAGGGAGUCAGUUGGAUAAUCAUUGUAAGCAGUAUGUCCUGAUUUCAUGACCAUCAUCCUUUCUAUUUGUUAACUAAUUCUUCACCUGUUAGCAGAUCCACACAGUUGUGUAAAGUGUAAUAGAGAUGAGAAAAAAAGAUUGUGUAUGGAGUAUGAGGCUGAUAACAUAAUUGGUCCUAAUCUUAGUAAUGUGGAAAUUGUAAAAAUGAAGUUAAAUAAACCACCAGGUGUGUAAAGUAAGAGACUGGUAAUGAUGCAGCAAAUGAAUAUAUUUGUCAGUUAAGGAAUGAGUGGAAGGUUGAGUGAAUCUGGGAGCUGUUUUAGUGUGUGUAGUUCUAAUAGUAUGUAGUGCUGUUUUGAAUGUCAGUAAGCUAAACAGAAACACCUGCCUCAGAUAUGAAAUGAAGAUAGGGAUGUGAUUGAAGAAUAAGAUUGAAAUAUUCUUCAUUAGGUUAGAGCAGGUGAGAGUGCUACAUCAGGAAAGAGAGUACUGUAUUUAAUGCUACAAUGAUUUUGAAUUGUGAAAUUAAGGCCUAUGGAAAUAUGAACUUUUCCCUAGCAAACGACAAUACUGUUAAACAAAGCUGCAUAUCAUGGUAAAAAGAAAAAACAAUAAAAAGGCAACUGACCUUUUUCAUUAUUAUUUUAAUCAAUUCAUAACUGAACUUUCACAUGCUAUGGAACUUUGUCCCAUCUACCUGAUUAUGGUAAGAAUGCCUUAUUUUCUAGUUUCCAUCUUAUCAGAACUUGAAUAAAAAGUAUUCAAGUAUUCA